CGUCCAAGCAUCAAGGCCGAGAAGACGAAGUUGGGAGCAGCAGACCUCGGGGGGCAACGGCGCUUACCGCCGCCUCUGCUGCUGCUGCUGCGAAACAUGCGGGCGUCUCCCCAGUUGCCUCGCUGUGGGCGCCAGACGAGAGGCGGGCAGCAGCCGAAGCCGCGCGUGUGAGCGAGCGGGGAGCUCCUCUCCUCUCACAAGGAUGCUGGGGGACGAUGCCUCGUGGCAGGGAGGACGAGAUUUGCCGAAAAGCGCUGAAACUGCUGGUCGAGCUCUGCUCCGAGGGGACGGUCGAGAACGACAGGUGCCUGGAGUUCAGCUACUACCUGCGGGACAGCGGCAGACCCCGGCCGGCCGACGCAGAUAUCACAGUAAGUUUGCUGUCCUUGGUGGUCACCGCAUGUGGACUUGCUUUGUUUGGGGUAUCUCUGUUUGUGUCCUGGAAGCUUUGUUGGGUUCCAUGGCGAGAGCGUGGCCUACUAGGCAACAAAGACAAGCAGGAAUCCUUGAACUACACAGACACAGAGACCAAUGACCAAGACUAUAGUGAGGAAUUCCUGGGACAGCCAACUACCUACCCUGACGCUUCCAUGAAAAUUAGCCACACUUCUCCAGACAUUCCAUUGGACGCUAAGGCAGGGACCAAGGAGAACUGCAUGCACAAUGUUCGGAUGCAUCGACAAAUCACAGAGCCAACACCUUCUGCUCGGCACAAUUCAAUACGAAGACAGCUCAAUCUCUCAAAUCCUGACUUCAACAUCCAACAGAUCCAGAAGCAGGAACAGCUGACGGGCAUCGGACGCAUCAAGCCAGAGCUAUAUAAGCAAAGAUCAGUAGACACCGAUGAUGGUCGGAGAAAUAAUAGCAAGUCUUGUGGGAAAAUCAAUUUCAUUGUAAAAUAUGAUUGUGACUUAGAACAACUUAUAGUGAAGAUUCACAAAGCUGUCAGCCUGCCAGCAAAGGAUUUUUCUGGAACUUCAGACCCUUAUGUCAAGAUCUACUUACUUCCAGAUAGGAAAACAAAACAUCAGACUAAAGUACAUAGAAAAACUCUUAACCCAGUAUUUGAUGAAGUUUUUUUAUUUCCUGUUCCUUACAAAGAUUUGAGUUCAAGAAAACUUCAUUUUUCUGUCUAUGACUUUGACCGCUUCUCCAGGCAUGACUUGAUUGGCCAAGUGAUAGUGGAUAAUUUUUUAGAGUUAUCUGACUUUCCUAGGGAAUGUAAUAUUUGGAAGGAUAUUGAAUAUGUCACAAAUGACAAAGUGGAUCUUGGCGAGUUGAUGUUUUCGCUUUGCUAUCUUCCAACAGCUGGCAGACUAACCAUAACUAUAAUAAAAGCAAGAAAUUUAAAAGCAAUGGACAUAACUGGAGCAUCAGAUCCAUAUGUGAAGGUGUCACUGAUGUGUGAAGGGAGACGAUUAAAGAAAAGGAAGACUUCUAUCAAGCGGAACACCCUCAAUCCUGUUUACAAUGAAGCCAUAGUCUUUGAUGUCCCUCCAGAAAGCAUUGAUCAGAUUCACUUGUCUAUAGCCGUUAUGGAUUAUGACCGUGUAGGUCACAAUGAAGUAAUUGGAGUCUGUCAAGUAGGCAACGAAGCAGAAAGUCUUGGGCGAGACCAUUGGAAUGAAAUGCUCUCCUACCCCCGAAAACCCAUUGCACGCUGGUAUCCACUUGCAGAGACACGUUGAAAAUUCUUCAACCAGCAUGGCCAUUAUGGGAAUUGAGGACCUGGAUUAGGGAAGCUGAUGUAGACCAAGACAUCUUGAUUACAGUAUUUUUUUAAAAUACUCUGGAGUUAUGUGGUUUGGUUAAUCAGAUUUGUAAACCAGUGUUGAGAAAGUCUGAUAUCACCGAUUCAUGCCAUCACAUGCAUAACAGAGAAAAGAAUCAAAAGAAAUGCUUCAUUGCAGAGUUCUGCUCCUGAGGAUACAGUCUCAUCCUUAAAGAUCAUAGGCUAAAUAUCCCAUUUUUGCUUCUAUGUUAAGUUCUCAAUUAACAAAUCAAUUUUAGAGAAUAAAGGAUCUCCAGACCUGUACAUGCAUAGCCACACACAGACGGGCACACAUAUUUCAUGCUACUUCACCUCCUAAAAAUUUGAGUGUAAUCAGCCAUUUAAAACUCUACUAUAUUUUCUAGAUGCCUCUGCAGGUGAUUGUGGGUGCUUAUUUGUCAAUCAAAUUUAUAUAGUUGCCUACCUCAGAAAUAUGAUUCUGGGUGGUGCACAAAAAAAUAGUCUAAAACAUCUGUGUUGUUGUUAGUUGCAAAAUCGUGUCCGACC